CGGGAGUGGGGGCCGGCGAUCAGUCGGAUGAGGAGUUCUUCGACUGUUCGGACGAGGAGCAAGAGUCCGGCGCCACGGGCCGACUGUCACGGCUCGGUAACAUGCUGCUCGUCCACUCGGACGAACCGUUGUACAUUCCGGUCACGCAGGAACCCGUUCCGAAGACGGAGGAUCAGCUGGAGGACGAUGCGGAGGUGAUGCUGAAGCUCGGACCGGGCAGUGAGCUAUGCACGCAGAUGAUGAGUGCCUCGCUGCUGUCCGACAUGGAAAGCUUCAAGGCGGCCAACCCGGCCGGACAGCUGGCAGACUUUAUCCGCUGGUACAGUCCGCGCGAUUGGAUCGAGGACGAACCGGUCGAUGAGCAGGAUCCGUUCGGCCGGAAGGGACACCUGAGCGCCCGGAUGCUGAUCCCCGGAAACACUUGGCAGACGGUAUGGGAAGGUGCCCGUGCGGUGCCGGCACGACGCCAAAAGCGACUGUUCGAUGACACCCGUGAGGCAGAGAAGGUGCUCCACUUCCUCGAGUCCCGCACGAUCGGCCAAAUCGCGCAACUAACAAUGGCAACACUUUUCCACGUCGGCGUCCAAACACUAACACAACAAUCCGGCCCGGAACGCGCCGUAGUGCCACAGUACGACGAAACGAUUGACCGGAUUACGGCGGCCUGCUGUCGGUUGUCACGCGAAAGCUGGACAAACGUGUCGGAACGCGGCACGACUGGUCCAACAACGGCACGGGUCAACUCCCAAACAAAGUACGAACAGCAACUACUCACCGAAAUGAUGCAACUCGAAUGUACUGUCACACAGGCACGCAGUCUACGUCGGAAGCUUUACUCUAGCGAAAGCUCCACGACGGACGAACGAAAGCUCUCGCAACGGGAGAAGCUCGUUCUUGAGUUGUUGCAAGCGCGCGAAACGAAUCUACCAGAGGGCGCUAGUAGUCCAAUAGCGAACCGACUAAUGCUGCUUUUCGGUGAGGCACGAAGGGCAGCAAACGAACAGCAAGGAAAUAGCAACGAGGCUCAAUCGGGUGCCAAUGUAAGAAUUACUAAAGUGUAA